GACAAUGUUCAUCUCGAGGUGCUGUAAUCGCUGACAGCUUAAACUGAGACUUGCCAACGGCGACGGUACACGAGCCCCUAAAUUUCUGGUAUGGCGGACGCCUCACCCACUUCCAUCGAGACCAAUGCGGGCAAGAAGUUGCCUCCGGGGAUGGUCCUAGGACCCGAUGGCAAGCCUUGCAAGAUUUGUACUGCUUUCAGAUAUAUGAAACCUCCGCAGGGGGGUCAGAAUCAAGAGCGCAAGCAGAAGCAAGGGGAAAAUGCCAAGAUAGCCGCUGCAAUGGCAGCAGCAGCCCCGGGCUCUGGAAACACUCCCGAUCCCGACGUCCGACCUGAAUACUGUCCACCCGACGUAGAAAUACUGGGCCGGUCGACAUGGGCGUUCCUCCAUACGACGGCAGCGUAUUACCCGGACAGACCGUCGCCGACGCAGCGAGCGAAUAUGCUGAACCUACUUUAUGCUCUGCCUGUGCUGUACCCCUGUUCGCACUGCGCCUCGCAUCUGGGAGAGGAGAUGAAGGUCCAUCCACCGGACGUCAGUGGGAGGACAGCCCUCAGUCGUUGGCUCUGUGAAAGGCAUAACGAGGUCAACGAAAGGCUAGGAAAGGAGAGGUUCGACUGCGCAAAGACUGAUGAGCGGUGGAAGGAUGGACCUAGCGACGGGAGUUGCGACUAGCCCUGGCAUGCAUAGAUCUCGACCUAGUACAUGUAGUAAAGUAAUCCACACGAAGUGCACUGACACGGUGCCGAAUCCACCUUUGACUUCCCC